UUCCCGGCUAGUGCCGUCCACCAUGACGCAAAUCAAUCACAGGCCAAAACACAAGGUAUCUCGCGUCUCGACAUUCAAACACUUUAGGCGGCGUGUGUGUGCCUUUCUGUUUGGUUUGGUUCUUGCGUCGUUAUAUGGCAUGACGGCAAUGUUUGUACAGAACCAUGGACUGUGGUAUUGCAUCAGCAGUACAGCCGUCAUCGCAGGUCUUGCCGCGUUUGGCAUGGGUCUAUCCAGGAGCGUACGGGCCAAUGUCAUGCUGAUGCUGCCGACUCUGUGUUCAAAAAACGGGAGGAAUUUAUUGCUGUUCCUGGCCUUCACGAUGGUCGUCCAAUGCCCCAUGAGCAACAUUAUGCGCAACUUCAACGUCGCCGCGGAGAGCGUGGUGUGCGGAGCGGAGCAGGCCAGGAACCAGACCCAGGAACUGAUAGAGCGCACGGCGACACCCCUCCUCCCUGUGUUGUCCAAGGUGAAGGAGAUCACACGGAACGCGUACUCACUGGCUGGAAGAGUACAGAACCUCAUCAUCUCCCUGACCGAGUCCUUUCAACACAUUGCUCGGAGUCUGCGAAGCGUAUUACAUUUCCUGGCCAGCAUGGGGGACGUUUGCAAUGCGAAGCUCGGCGCGCCAUACAAGAGAUGCCAUCAGCUGUUCGACGAGGCCAUCGAGGACUGCAGGGCACAGCUCUCCAUCUUCGACUUCCUCUGCUACAUCGUGGACGCCUUCAAGCCCCUCUGCAACCUGGCCAAAGUUAAUGUAUUAUUCUGCAUCAUCCCUUCAUAUAUUGGGGAUCACAUCAAGGCAAUGAUCGCUGAUCACACUGCUGAGGCAUUUGAGAAACUGAAAAGGCAGUUUGAGUUCAACGUGUCGGCCUCGAUGCACUUUGACGCUCAGCUCAACAGCAGCCAGUCUGUGCAGGAGACGUCUCGCAGGAUCAUGGAGGAGAUCUCGGAGGACUUGGGUCUCUUCCAGAAGCUCACAGGGCUGCUGUCAUACGCAGGCCUCCUCCUGCUGGGAAUCAUCUACAUACAGGCGGCCAUGUACAAGAACAGCUAUCUGAAGCGGGACGGCUUUGACAACCACUACAUCACGGAGGAGUUUGUGUGUCUGGACCGGAGGCGUGUCUGUGAGGGCAGGCCCCAUGUGCUGCCGCUGAGCCAGAGGGAGACCCAGACCUACAUACAGCCCACGUCCUUGCUCCUGACGGGCCGAGAGAGGAGAGCGGCCGUGGUGAGCAGCGUGUCCGUGCUCCGCCAUAUUGCAGUGGGAUGCAGCAUCAUGGCUCUGGAUAUGCUGGUCUUCUGGGUGUUCGACACCGUCCACCAUCUUGCUAAGGGAGAGAUUGUUGCUAAAGCUCCUGUAAUGAUUUCCGUGGAGGUGAACGGCUCAGGCUACACAGCUGACAUCUUUAAAGACAUCAUGGCCUCCUUUGACACUCUCCAGAAGGGCAACGUGACCAUACUGAGCAAGAAGUGCCUUGUCACACCCACAGAGCCUGACUAUGCAGAGUAUCUCAUCAUAGGAUCUCUCUACGGCCUCGCCCUGUUCACAGUUGUGGCCGGCAGCUAUGUCAAACGUUUACGAAGGCUUAUCUGCGCCAGCUAUCACCCCAAACGAGAGAAGGAGAGGAUCCUUGCGUUGCAUCAGCGUAUCAUGAGCCAGAGGCAGUCCCUGCUGAAGUUUGUGGCCAAGAGCAGGGCAGACGGGUCGUCUGGGGGACUCCUCAAAACACUGGCCCUCAUCGUGCCGGGCGGGUCCCGUAUAGCCGGUCUCCUGGGGGCUCAUGAUGAGGCCUGCAUGGCCUGUGGAGAUAUCCUGGAGGGCAAGGAUGACCCCAACGCACACCCCUGCUGCACCCCACAGUGCACAGGCGUGUACUGCGUGCGCUGCUUCCGGGCGCUUGAGAACAUCUGUGGCGUGUGCAUGGGGCCCCUGACAUUCCAGGAGGACAGCCAAGAGGAACAGUGA